AGUGAUGAUAAGUUAAUCGGGUUUUUGAGGCAGUUCUGGUUCUCUCCCUUCGGCUUCGAUGAAAGAAAGGCACUUGUAAAUGGAAAAUUUUCGCAUUAGAAUUAAAAAAAUAACUAAUUUCUUCAAAAUAUCCCAGCUCUACUAAAUAUGGACGUCGUAGCCUUCGGAAUCAUAGUCGCCAUUAUCAUUCUCUUCUUUCUAUCAGUCUGCUACAUCACCAUCCAAGGCACUUGCAAAAAUCGUUCUUAGUUCACCUCCUAGUUUGACUUCCGUAGCCAAGAUUUCCUUCGGUUCAAGCACUCUUUUUUCCCCUCGGAAUCCAGUUGGGUUCUGUAGGGGCGCACUGAUUUCAUGGCACUGAGUAGAAAGCUGAUUCAGCAGGCAUUGCUUACGGUUUUGGUUCUCGGGUUUUGCUUGGAUCUGGGACUUGGGCACGACGGUCAUCAUUCCGGGUCCUGCACAUCGCAGGUCCAUGAUUCCCACGAUCAUCAUCAUAGUCACCCCCAGUGUGGGCAUAGUCAUCACCACCAGCAUCAUCAAGAGGAGAAACUGGUAUCUGGAACUAGGCUUCCGGAGGAAUUAGCGGAGGAGGAGGAUAUGAAACUAUAUGGAUUCGGGUUCGCAUAUGACCACGAGCACGACCAUGACCACCGCGGUCAUCAGCGCAGUGGUGGCUCUGAAAUAUCGGGUUUAGGGCUUUGGCUGAAUGCAUUGGGAUGUUCAUUUUUGGUUAGCAUGGCUUCCCUUAUUUGUCUGAUUAUCUUGCCUCUGAUUUUUGUACAGGGAAAACCAUCAAAGACAGUUGUUGAUUCAUUGGCUUUAUUUGGGGCGGGUGCUAUGUUGGGGGAUGCUUUCCUUCACCAAUUACCUCAUGCUUUUGGUGGUGAGCAUUCCCAUUCACAUGGCAAUCAUGUGGACCAUGACCAUGAUGCUCGUAUCGGACAUCAGCAUUCUCAUUCUUUAGCAGAUCUUUCUACAGGAAUAUCGAUCCUUGCUGGAAUUGUACUCUUUCUUCUUGUAGAGAAGGUGGUUAGGUAUGUUGAAGAAAACUCUCAAGGAGCUAAUUCAUGGACAAAUGGACACCACCACCACCAUCACCACAGCAAAAAGAAAAAAGUGAAAGAUGAUGCGAAAGAUGGUAAAUUGCUUGACGAGGAAAGACAUCCGGAUGUGGUACCACGUGAUUCUUCAAAGGGCAAUGAUGCAACUCAAUCUGGACCCUUGCUUAGAAAGAGGAUCAAUGGCAAAAGGCUAGCUCUGCGGAUGAUAUGAAAUCCUCGAAU